GUGGUGUGUCGGGCGCCAGAGGUGGUCUGCCCACGACCUGAGUGCCCAGAGGUGGUCUGCCCCGCGGUCGAGGUCCAGUACCCCUUGCAGGAGGGAGGCGCGUCCUUCCUCAACGGCGCGGUGCCCGCCCUGCUCCAGCUGCUCACGGGCUUUGGCCUGGGCCGAGCUUGGGCUGGCAGGCAGGCCGCGGCAGCUUCAGCUAGCCACUCGCCCCCGCCCGCCGAGGAGCAGACGGGUGAGCGCAGGCAGCUGGCCGCCAAGCAGUGCAUCAUCAGCCAGCUCGCAGUGAUGGCGUCCUGUAGGGAUUUUGUCUUGCUGAAGUAUGCGGACGUGGACGAGGAGCUCUACCACGAGGUGAUGAUCACGGGGAUCAGCCCAGAGGAUCCCGCAGAGGUCACCCUCUACACCGCUGACGGGGACCACUAUCAGUUCAACAUAGCGCCAGGGGAUGACGUAGAGGCGCAGCCGCUGCGCAACGCUCAGCGCCACGGCCUGGAAAGGGCAGACGCUGGGCGGGCGUGGGUCUACGCGGAGGAUCACGGCCGGCAGCAGAAGGGCGACAUCCUCGAGGAGCUCCCUGCAUGGUCAGUGGUGCUCGGGGAACGGGCCGUGGUCCCAACCCCCGAGGGCGGCGCGGUCUUCUUGCAGAUGAAUGCGAUCGAAGAGUACAAGAUCGAUGACCUGAGGGUUCUCCCCGUCAAGUUCGACGCCAUGGGCCGACGCAAGAGGCCCUUCUACGAUGGUGUGUCGAACAUUGUGCCCGAUGAGGUCGAGGGGGGCCUUGGGCUGGAGGCCCCAGGGACGGUUGCCUGGAGGUGCCAGACGUACGUGGAUAGGUCUCAGACGCCCGCCUCACAGCACGCAGCUUGGCGAUCGACCUCGGGCAUCUCGAACGGGGGCCGCAGCGUCUUCGAGCAUGAGGUGCUGUCGGAGGUUCUCGAGAGCAUGGGUAUGAUGGUGGCGCCCUCGCUUCAGCGGCAUGUCUCUACGUCUCUCCGCGACGAACACCAGGUGGCCAAGGAGCAACGCAAAGCUCGGGUGGAGCGCCGCCUGGGUCGUCAGAACAAGAACCCCAAGAAGGGCCAGGCGGGGCAGGGGUGA